CUUCCGAAAGAUUAAGGGACUUUUCCCCCCGCUGGUCUCCCUUCUUCAUCCGUCCAUUGAGGAGAAAACCGGACACAUCUUCAUCUGCAUCUUCACCACCAUUUGCAAUUAACUUCCCCGCAUGCACGCGCGCUCUUAAUUGCCAACUGGAGGAGGGAGAGAAGGAAGCGGAGUGUGCGCGCGAGGCGGCUCCCGGUGUGAUAAAGCAGUCGCGUGCAGAGAGUCCUGGUUGGUUCCUCUGAGUGCAGGUGUCCCACGGAGCGCGAGGGGAGCCACGAGGGGACACACACUGACCACCGUGUUCUUCAUAGUCUUCAUGGGCUUCUCACGUUCACGGGCGGUGAUGGAUCAAUGGAGCUUGGUGCGCGGGACAUGGCUGCUGUUGGUGCUCGUGACACUGUUUGACACCUCGAGGGCAGCCAAUCUCAUUGAUGUCCUGAAAGUCCUGGAGCUGUCAGAGGACAUGGAGGGGGUGUCGCUGGAAGCAGGACUUUGCACCAGCAGAACAGGUCGAGAAGAAACAGACCUCUCUUAUAAGAUUGACAGAAAGAUUCAACUGAGUGCACCCACUAAGCAGCUGUUCCCUGAGUUACCGUUCCCUGUGAACUUCUCGGUGAUGACCACAGUUCGACCUGUGAAGGGCUCACAGGUUUUCCUUCUUUCCCUUUAUGACUUUCAGGGCACACAGCAGCUGGGUUUAGAGGUAGCCCGUUCUCCUGUCUUUCUGUAUGAGGACCACGAGGGCCAGCCAACCCCAGACCUGUACCCCACCUUCAGGACGGUCACUCUGGCUGAUGGCAAGUGGCACAGGGUGGCCUACAGCGUCGAGGGCCAGUCGGUGACUCUUUACCUGGACUGUAUUAAGGUGGAAACUCUGGACCUGCUCAGAGGUCACGACCCCUAUGUGAGCACAGAGGGGGUCACUGUGUUUGGGACCCGCCUGUUGGAUGAAGCAGUGUUCGAGGGAGACAUCCAGCAGCUGCUGAUCGUCGACGACCCCAGAGCGGCAGAGACAUACUGUCAGGACUACAUCCCAGACUGUGACGCACCUUUACCCUACAACAGCAUAUUAGUGGAGCCUGAGGAACUGGAGAGAGUGCCUAAGAAACGUGUGGUGGAAGAGUUUGAGGAGUUCGACUACAGCGACCUCUAUGAAGACCUCUCUGUCUCCACGGUGACCACAGGCCCUAACAUCACCGAGUAUGAGAUCGUGGAAUACGAAGACUAUGACAACAUGACAGACUACUACCAGGUGAAGGAGUACGAGUAUGAGGAGGAGUACGAUGAACGCCAUGGACCUGCAGAGAGAGAGCAGGCUUAUACCAUAAACCUAGAGGAUUUACCAGAGAAAGGACAAAAAGGAGAACCAGCCUAUUUAGGAGCGGGAACACAGAUUGUGGGAGCACAUGGGCCUCCAGGACCUGAGGGAGAGGCAGGACCCACUGGAGUCACGGGACCAGUAGGACCUCGAGGAGACCCUGGGGAACUGGGCCCUCCUGGGCGGCCUGGUCUUAAUGGAGCUGAUGGGAUCCCAGGCCCUCCAGGAAACAUCAUGCUCAUACCGUUCCAGUCAGGCGGUGAUCCAAGGACCGGCGCUGUGGUGUCGGCUCAGGAGGCGCAGGCUCAGGCCAUCCUACAGCAAACCAAGCUGGCAAUGAAGGGGCCUCCGGGUCCACUCGGCCUCAGGGGAAGACCUGGACCACUGGGUGGCCCGGGUCCACAAGGGCUAAAGGGGAACAGUGGAGAGAUGGGCCCAGCAGGCCCUCCAGGACUAACAGGUAUCUCAGGCCAGAAUGGACGACCUGGAAAAAGGGGUCGUGCAGGUGCUGACGGCGGCCGAGGUGCUGUUGGAGAAACUGGAGCAAAGGGAGAUCGAGGUUUUGACGGCUUACCAGGUCUGCCUGGAAACAAAGGACACAAAGGAGACAGGGGGAAGCCGGGCCCUGUGGGACCUGCUGGAGUACCAGGAGAAAAGGGAUCUGAGGGACCACCAGGACCAAGAGGAGCACCAGGUGAUGCUGGUGCAAGAGGUCUAAAUGGCCCCAGGGGUCGUCCUGGCCCCCCCGGCCAACCUGGCAUUCGGGGAGUUGAUGGGGUUCAAGGUUCAAAGGGAAACAUAGGAUCCCCUGGAGACAUCGGGGCACCAGGACAACAAGGCAACCCUGGAAUCCUGGGUUUUCCAGGUCCUCAGGGAUUAGUUGGACACCCCGGAGAAAAGGGACCUCAAGGGAAAAAAGGGAUGCAAGGCUUACCUGGAAACGAUGGGCCUCCAGGUCAUCCUGGAAGAGAAGGUACUCCAGGAGAAAAAGGGCUGCCAGGUCCUCCAGGAGUGCAGGGGCCUGUCGGAUACCCAGGACAACGAGGAGUCAAGGGUGCAGAUGGAAUCAGGGGAUUAAAAGGGAGUAAAGGCGAGAAGGGAGAAGACGGUUUCCCAGGAGCCAAGGGGGAAAUGGGAGCAAAGGGGGAUGUCGGAGAUAAUGGAGUUCCUGGUGCUCGGGGAGAAGAUGGACCAGAGGGGCCCAAGGGCCAGAUGGGGCCUCAAGGGGAGUCUGGACCUGCUGGUAUAUCUGGAGAGAAGGGGAAACUGGGAGUUCCUGGGCUGCCAGGUUAUCCAGGACGGCAGGGACCAAAGGGUUCUGAUGGUUUCCCUGGUGUACUGGGAGAACCAGGAGAGAAAGGAAAGAAAGGUCCUGCAGGACAACCAGGAAGUGCAGGCCAGAGGGGUUCAAAUGGUGCACGAGGAGCCAGAGGGGCAAGGGGGCCCACAGGGAAACCCGGAGAAAAGGGCGCCUCAGGACAUGAUGGACCCCCAGGAUCUCCUGGAGAACGGGGCCCUCAAGGACCACAGGGAAGGAAUGGAGAACCAGGACCUAAAGGGUCAAUGGGUCCAGCUGGAAAGGAUGGACUCCCAGGUCACCCAGGUCAAAGAGGAGAGCCGGGUUUCCAAGGGAAAACAGGGCCUCCGGGCCCCUCAGGUGUGGUGGGGCCACAGGGUAAAUCAGGUGAGUCCGGCCCAACAGGAGACCGAGGUCACCCAGGGGCACCAGGUGUACCCGGAGAGCAUGGUUUACCUGGGGCUGCUGGGAAGGAAGGUGGAAAGGGCGAUCCAGGUUUUCCAGGGACAGCUGGGAAGAGUGGCCCUGCAGGACUGAAAGGGUUCAGGGGGAGCAGAGGAGCUCCAGGAGGAAUGGGUCCUCCUGGUCUGAAAGGAGGCUCAGGCCCUACUGGAUCUCCAGGAGCCAUUGGGGCGUCAGGUGAGAGAGGCCCACCAGGACCAGCUGGUGCAAUCGGACAACCGGGGCGUCCUGGACCAAUCGGAGGACCUGGACCGAUGGGAGAGAAGGGCGAGCCUGGAGAGAAGGGUGCAAUUGGACCUGCAGGUCAGGAUGGAGAACAGGGACCUGUAGGGAUGCCUGGGGCUACUGGCCCUGCAGGACCUCCAGGAGACGAUGGGGAUAAGGGAGAACAUGGUGGACCUGGACAGAAAGGCAGCAAGGGAGACAAAGGGGAAGCAGGGCCUCCAGGUCCGCCUGGUACCCAGGGGCCAGUGGGGCAGUCUGGACUUCCAGGCGUCGAUGGGCUGGCAGGUCCUCGUGGGCAACAGGGCAUGUAUGGUCCAAAAGGUGACGAGGGACUGCGUGGUUUUAAGGGUUCCCAAGGACCGAUUGGAUUACAGGGCAUGCCUGGGCUGCCAGGAGAGAAAGGCGAGAGUGGGCAUGGGGGUCUAAUGGGUCCACCUGGACAACAGGGUCCUGCUGGCUCUCAAGGACCCAUAGGAGGACAGGGUCCAGCUGGUCGAGUGGGGAUGGUGGGACAGCCAGGUGUUGUUGGAGAAAAGGGUGAAGACGGAGAAGCAGGUGAUCCAGGACCAGUUGGUGUUGCAGGAAGGCUAGGAGACAAGGGUGACCAGGGAGAGAAGGGAGAUACAGGUGCUCCAGGAUCAGCAGGUCCUCCAGGAUCCAGGGGCCCCACAGGGGAGGAUGGAGCUAAGGGCAAUGCUGGUCCUAUAGGUGUCACAGGGGACCUUGGACAGCAAGGAGAAGCUGGACCCAAUGGUGUGGAUGGUCUGCCUGGAUCUAAAGGAGAUACAGGAGACCCUGGAAAAUCUGGGCCACCAGGAGCAACAGGGGAACCAGGACCACCUGGACCUCCUGGCCGAAGGGGCCACUUGGGGAAACCGGGCAAGGAAGGAAAGGCAGGCCUGAAAGGGGCCAAGGGUUCACCUGGAUUGGAGGGUCCCAUAGGGAAGACAGGGCCUGUAGGUGGUCAAGGGCAUCCUGGGAAACCAGGCCCUCAGGGACUAAGAGGAAUCCCUGGCCCUGCAGGGGAGCAGGGUUUAAAUGGACCACCUGGCCAGUCGGGACCACCAGGUCCCAUGGGUCCUCCAGGAUUACCAGGAUUUAAGGGAGACCCAGGCAGGAAAGGAGACAAGGGUCAUGGAGGGUUGAUAGGUCUGAUUGGGCCACCAGGAGACCUUGGAGAAAAGGGAGACAGAGGCCUACCAGGAAACCAGGGUCUACCAGGUCCAAAAGGAGAUGAGGGUCCAGUUGGCCCACCAGGUCCCCCUGGCCCCCCUGGCCCAAAUGGUCUUUCUGGUGCUAUUGGUCAAAAGGGAUCCAAAGGAAACCAGGGUCCAAUUGGCCCCAGAGGAGACACUGGACCAGCAGGACCUCCAGGACUACCAGGUUCGCCAGCAGCUGGAGUGAUGCCUCUGCCAGAGCGAGGACGGAGGAGGCGAACACACAGCUCGGUGGACGGCACUACACUUGAAGACGAGGAGGAGGUGAUAAACGGAGGUGGAGAGGAGUGGAUGCAGGGAGAUCAGGCGAAGCAGGAUGAAUGGUUGAAGAGGAAGGAGGGCCAAGGCAUGGAGGAAGUGUUUGCUUCUCUGUCUUCAAUGAAAAUAGACGUGGAGGGUCUGCGUAACCCACUGGGGACUUACCACAGCCCCGCUCGCACCUGCAAGGAGCUCUGGCUCCUCAACCCACAACUCCCCAACGGUGAGUACUGGAUAGAUCCCAACCAGGGUUGCCAUAGAGACUCCUUCAAGGUAUUUUGCAACUUCACUGCACAAGGAGAGACGUGUCUUUACCCUGACAAGAAAUUCCAGUCGGUGAAAUUAGCAGGAUGGAAAGGAGAAAAACCUGGCACCUGGUACAGUAAAUUCCGGAAAGGAAAACAGUUUUCAUACUCUGGAUCUGACGGCGUUCCGGUCCAUGUGGUCCAGUUGAAUUUCCUGACGUUACUGAGCGCAACAGCCAAACAGACCUUCACCUACCACUGCCUGAACUCUGCAGCCUGGCUACACACCGCCACCUACGGCCACGAACAUGCGCUGCGCUUCAGAGGCAGCAACGGCGAGGAAAUGACGCACGAGAACACAUUUUACAUCAAUGCACUGUACGACGGGUGUCAGACACGUUCAGGGCAGGAGAGAACGAUGUUGGAAUUCGAUGCUCCGCUCUCCAACACGCUCCCCAUCAUCGACGUGGCUGUAUCCGAUUUUGGAAAUGGAAACCAGAAAUUUGGUUUCCAAGUUGGCCCAGUCUGCUUUAAUGGUUAACUUAGCCAUAGGGCCAACAACAGGAGUAAUUUAAUAGGAAAAGGAGCCAUGGACUUUUUUUUACAUGCAGGGAGAAAACAUACAAGACUUACCUGGUGCCACAUAUUUAUAAGUUGAUUUACCUACAACAGUGUUCUUUCAUGUAAACAGUCAUUCCUCUGUGCAGUACACAUUCCACUUUUCACUGUCUGUUAUUCAUACAUUCACCUCACUCAUCCUACACGUCCUCUCAGCUGACUCACAUACUGUGUUUUAAGGGUUCAACAUGUAACAAAUGUGAAAUUUACAGGCAAUAAUUGCUUUUUUAAUUUCCACUGUGUGAAUAGAUCAAAACAUACCCUCAACAAGGACUUUAACUGCUUGACCUGUGGCCACUCCAAUCCACAUUUAAGACAUGACGACCAACAGACAAACUCUUUAAUAGAGAUGUAUACAUGCAUAUGAAAACAAACGUCUUCCAUAACCUUCUCAGUCGCUUACUGCCCUGAAAACACAAGGGACAGUGAUUUGCAUGUGAGGACUCAGGUCAGAUUUUCAGUGAAAAUCUGAUGAGUUAUGUUUAUGUUCAUCCCUGAGUGCCUUUGUGCUUCUCUUAGGCUCUUCUACAGCAGCAGCAGUAGUGUGUCACUGAUUACUGUUAGUGUAAAAAUGGAACCUACGGACGCCAACAAACGACAUUAGUACCAGAUUGGCUCCGGCUGCUGCAUCUACAGAUUACAUUACACAUUAUGACUGGCUGUACAGUGGAGAGUAGAGGUACAUCCUGCCUCUUUUUUGGCCUGUUGGAGUGACAGCUGUGAUAAGCUGAGAACUGUGGCCAGAUGUUCUUGUAUAUGUUAGCAUUUAGCCUGUAUGAAGUAAAAGGCUGUCUGAAAAUAUGAAUGUUAUAUCUAAAAUAUUAAUAAAAAAUAAGUAAUAAUAUGAUACUGGCUUAUGUAUAAAUCUCUAUAGCUAAUGUUAGCCAGUACUGGCAUUCAACAGUAAUGAAAACUCUGUUAUUUCCUCACAGUAACAUAAGCCAACAUUAGCCUGUUGCUGACAUGGUUAAUAGGUAGCAUUACCCACUUCAUAGCAUUAACUCAAUUUGUACUGCGCUUGUAUGUAAACACAGCUACUUCCUGUAACUCAAAUAAUCUUAUAGAGUUGAGUAAAAUAUUAUCUUUUGUUUUACUAGUCAUGAAAUACAAGAUUCAAAUGAUUUUUCUUGUUUUGUAAAUAUCUAAUAUAUGGUGCUGCUGAAACACAAGAUUUAUGACAGUUUAUGUUAAUUAAAUAAACUCUUGUCUUGUGGUGCCAUGAAUGUUUUCUCAAAAGCCCCAUAUCUGUAAGAUUUUUUACAGUACCUUCAUAUUUUUGAAGUCUGUAAGUGUAUUUCCAUCCAGCUUUAUUUAUUCACAUUUUUAUCUCAACAGUGCAGGUUGUAUUUUACUGUAUUAAGUACUCCAUCUAACAGGGAAGUUUUUAAACUUAGAUGAUGUAGAGCCAACUCUUAAUAUUUGUGUAAUAAUGUAAUAUAGUGAUGGAUGGAAAUGUGCAUAUAUUACAUUUUUUAUUACCUUUUUUUUUUCUUUUAGAUGAAAACCUGCCCUCUGACUGGAUUGGCAAGCAGUUAGUUGCAAUGGGCUCUAUGCACAACCCCACUACUUCCAGACACACCAGGAUUAAUCAGUGUGUCCAAUAAUGAAAGACAGGAUAUAAAGGAGCCACCUGAAGUUCAGGAAAUAGUGGGGCUGUGCAUAGAGCCCAUUAACUCACUAGCUAAAGUUUGCAGCUAUUAGCUUGUCUGAUUCUUAAAAACAUGUUUUUGUUUUAAAAAAAAAUCUACAGUUUUUUUUUUUUAUUUAUGACACUAGCAAGACCAACGAUAACUAUUUUUAUUUCAAUCUCAGUAACAUUCAUUAAUGGUUGGGGACAGGAAGUACUUGAAUUUUUGCACCUGAGUAGAAAUAAACUGGUAACAGUACUAAUGUUUUGGUGUAAUAUGUCAACUGCUGAAGCUGUAUAUUAAGUCCCAGUAGUAGCAAUUAGCCAGGAUUAGGGUUUUCACAGGUUUGUACAAAGGAAUGUCCAGUUGGAUAAAAUCAUUAGCUCAUCUCGGCUUGAACUCCAAUGUCGACUAGCAAAUAGAGGCAGGAUGCACAUCCUCAUCUCACCCCGCAAAUACUUUAUGAUAUACAGUCAUAAUUUAUGAGGUAAUCUCUCCUGUAAAUGAGACUGUGUGUUUCAGUGGGACUACCUGUAUAAAUAAAAUAAAAUCCUGCAGGACCUGGAGUUGAUCUGGGUCAUCAUAGACUCCCAACACAAACCUCACAUCAGCAUGCAUGCAUGUUACAUAUUAUACUUUUAACAGAAAUACAAACCUUCACAUGAAUUCCCAGGUCAUAUGUCGCUCCUCUUUGAAGGAGUGUGUGGUGCUUCUUCUGAGUGGUUACACAUUUCAUCCAUACACACAAUUUACAAAACGCAUAAACAUCAUGUUUCAGCAGCCUUCAGUCACAAUGUUCUGUUGCAUCAUCAAACCUCAAUUUGUUGUGUUGUUGUUACCUUUUUGUUUGUUGUUGUCAUUUUGUUGUUAUGAUUAUCUGUUAUGUGAUGUAUAUUGGAGUGUAAUUCAUCACGGUGCUAUGAUGUAACUCCUGGUGGAGUACAUUUGUUUGUAAAAGGGAACUGGGACAGUGCAUUUUUUUAUAUUGUGAAGCCAUGUUUUAUAUUUUUUCAACAUUACAAACCAAACCAGUGCAUUAUUGUCUCAAGGUCUUUCUGUGCAUAUUUGUGUGGGGAAGUGACUGAGUAACAUAUUUUAAUAAAAGUACAUA